UGGACAACACUUGUCGUGGUUGCAAGGAUCGAGGAUAUUUAUGCAUGUAUAUAAACAGAUAGGUGACUGCGAGGAAACCCCAUAAGUCUUAAUCAGCUCUGGUGCAGAUUAAUUAAGAAACUUUAUAAAUUUCCGUUUCCCAGCUCCACUUCGCAGCAGUCAUGCAGAUCCUCCUGGUGACCCUUCUUUUGGUAGCCUGCACUAGCGCCAACGUUAUCCGCGAACGCCGACAAAUAACCGGUGGCAGCGCCGGCUGCACCGCCGAGCAAAAGGCCCAGUGCGGUAUGGCACAGUGCCAGAACAACGGCAACACGAACACCCAGUGGGGCAGUGGCGGUAACACUGGUGGUGCCGGAUUAAUCGGCCUGAUCCCCAUUAACGCUCUGAACGGUGCCGGUGUGCAGGCGCCCAUCAACGCCAACAUCUGCCCCUCGGUCUCCGUCUGCAACGUCUGCUUGGGGGCCAACGUGCUUGGUUAACCGUUUUCGCUUUGCCCUAACUUGUCGCAUAUACUCGAACAUGACAGCUCUCUUUGCGACAUCGUGUGACGCUUUUCAGAUUAAAAUGAUUUGCAUCAAAAUUUGAGAAAAUUCGGCUAUCUGUUUCUACUGUAAAGAAAUAUAGAGACGGUCAUUUCCUGCUAACUAUUACACAGACUACAGACUGACAGUGAUCCAUCCUUAAAAACACACAACUGCAAUGUGAUAAGCUGGAAAGUUUUUGCAACUGCAACUGUGUACAAUGUCCUUAUUCAUUGUCAGUAUCUGUUAACCAACAAGCACGACGGGCAGAGUGUUAAGAACUUAAAAAAUUCAGAAGCUUAUUAA